UCGACUGGUUGUGCGAUGGCGUUAGGGAUAAAAACGCUCAUUUUUUUCGCGGCCGUCACCCUCCUUCGCCCCGGCUCCUGCCGAGACGAGGAUAGGAUCAUGAAAGCAUGCUUCUGGGCUUACGAGGUAUACGAGCCCUGCUUCGGCGGCUGCGCAGAGGUAUCGUGCGACAACCCGCGCAACCACCUGCGGCCGUGCUACCCGUACUGCGAGCCCGGCUGCGUGUGCCAGGAGCCGUAUGUGCGUGACGACCGCACGCACCAGUGCGUGCUGCCGCAGGACUGCUCCCCGACUCAAAUGGGCAUCCCAGUGCCAACAAGACGAUCUGAAAAAUACAACACAAACAACGGCAACUACAAUGUUAAACGGCACUAUGCGAAAAAAGAAGACGAGAGUCACACGAACCGCCGCCAGAAAUCCGGUGCUGUGGAUUGGACGGAAGAAUAG